CCUGGUGAUACCGAUUGACAAUCGCCGGCUCGAUCAAAACCACACCUCCCAACGCGCCCUCACUGCUCUACAAUCUAACUUUAGGGGCUUUGCAAUUGCACGCGCUGCACACUGGGACUUGUAGUCUCCUAGGAGAUCUGUCGCAAGCAGAAGCGACAGGCCUGUCUCUAGAACUACCGGCCCGAGGCUUUUCCCUCCACAGGACCGCGUAGACUUCUGUGGCUACCCCCUGGGAAGCCGCUCACCGUCAGAGGUCGUUGGAACUGAAGGCACACCGUCGACACUGUCGGCGGCCAUGACGCCGCGUGCCCCGCGCCAGGCUUCUGUAGGUUAUCAUGAAGAAGCUACGUGCAUCUGUAAGGAGUCACAGAAAGCCACUAGCCAACCACGAGAGAAGGACAAAGUGUGCCCUUAGCAGUAGCCAGACCACACCCUCUGCCCCUGAUGGCCAGGCCAAGCAGAAGAGAGAAGAGUUACUGCAGGCCUCUGUCUCCCCGUACCAUCUGUUCAGAGACAUGGCCGAUGUCACGACUUUCCGAAGGAACUUGCUCAGCUGGUAUGACCAAGAGAAGCGGGACCUACCUUGGAGAAGAUGGGUCAAGCAGGAGGCCAAUUUGGACAGGCGAGCCUAUGCUGUGUGGGUGUCAGAGGUUAUGCUGCAGCAGACCCAGGUUGCCACAGUGAUCGACUAUUAUACCCGCUGGAUGCAGAAGUGGCCAACACUUCAGGACCUGGCCAAUGCCUCCCUGGAGGAGGUGAACCAGCUUUGGUCUGGCCUGGGCUACUAUUCUCGAGGCCGUCGGCUGCAAGAGGGAGCUAGGAAGGUGGUGGAGGAGCUGGGAGGUCAUAUGCCACGGACAGCAGAGACCCUGCAGCAGCUCCUGCCUGGCGUGGGGCGGUACACAGCCGGAGCCAUUGCUUCGAUUGCCUUUGACCAGGUAACUGGUGUGGUGGAUGGGAAUGUUUUACGGGUGCUGUGCCGUGUCCGUGCCGUUGGUGCCGAUCCCAGCAGCACCCUUGUCUCUCAUCACCUCUGGAGCCUAGCUCAUCAGCUAGUGGAUCCAGCCCGGCCUGGGGACUUCAAUCAAGCAGCCAUGGAGCUGGGAGCCACAGUCUGUACCCCGCAGCACCCUCUCUGCAGCCAGUGCCCUGUACAGAGCCUGUGCCAGGCAUACCAGCGGGUGGAGCGGGAACAGCUCUCAGCCCUGCCAGGCAGUCCUGACAUAGAGGAGUGUGGAUCUUUGUUUCCAGCUCUCAAGACUAGACAGUGCCAGCUUUGCCUACCUCCCACAAAACCCUGGGACCCCGCUCUGGGAGUGACCAACUUUCCUCGAAAGGCCAGCCGUAGGCCUCCCAGAGAGGAGUACUCUGCCACUUGUGUUCUGGAGCACCCCAGAGCCACUGGGAGUCCCCUCAUCCUGCUGGUCCAAAGGCCUAACUCAGGUCUGCUGGCAGGACUGUGGGAGUUUCCAUCUGUCACCUUGGAGCCCUCGGAACAGCAUCAGCACAAAGCCCUUCUGCGGGAGCUGCAGCGCUUGUCUGGACCCCUCCCAGGCGCUCGUCCCCAGCACCUGGGGGAGGUGAUCCACAUCUUCUCUCACAUCAAACUGACGUAUCAAGUGUAUAGUCUGGCCCUAGAAGGACAGACCCCAGUGGCCCCCGCACCUCCUGGCGCUCGAUGGUUGACUUGGGAGGAAUUCCACAGUGCAGCUGUCUCCACCGCCAUGAAAAAGGUAUUCCGCGUGUAUGAGGACCAUCGGCGAGGGACCCGCAAGGGUUCUAAAAGGCCCCGGAUGUCUACUCCAUCAAGCCGGAAAAAACCCAGCCGGGGCCAGCAAAUCCUGGAUAGUUUCUUUCAGCCUCGUAUUCCCACAGACACACCCAACAGUACAGCCCAGUGAUUCCCCCAGGAAGCCCACCCUAAAUCCAGUCUUAAUAAAAUGCUUAUUUUUGUA